CCCAAGAAUUCUGACUCUGAUUCGGAAAUAGGCGAUGCGCUGAAAACGUUCGUAGGCACUAUUGCUAAUGAGAAACUGCUGGAUGUCAGUAGCGUUGGGAUCAAAUUCAGCGACGAAAGUGAGGCAAUGGCCAAAUACGCAAACCUCGUGAGAGCGAGUACGACCGAGAUAGGAUGCGCUAUGGAAGAAUGCGACUAUUAUGGCGAUAUUUACGUUACUUCGUACUGUGUCACCAAUCAGUCGCCAGUUGCUGCCGGCGAUUACAUCAGUGGACCAGCAUGUGCAUUAGAAGAAGAUGAAAAAGAAGACGAUAUUCUUCCAACAAUAAGAAAAUAUAGAGGGCAGCUACAGAAUGGAUUGCAACAAAACGGUUAUGAUGGAGAAAUGUUACCAGCUGCUUCGGACAUGCAAACACUUGGAGUUGCGAACUGGAAGCAAGCUAGAAUUGCCUUGACCAGUGGUGAACAGUGUCUACAAGGUGAUCAUGUCGCGGAUUUCGAAAACGCAUUAAAAGAUAAAGCAGGAAUCUUCCAGGGCACAUCAACUACAUCAACGACGAAACGCCCUUCGUCUACUUCGCCAAGCACUAAAAAAUCGACAACACCGUGUCCGACUUAUCCUCACACGACAUCUAAUACCACGACACCUAAAACCACUAAACCGAAGCGCUCGACCACUCCCUGUCCAACAUAUCCAACAACGAAAAAACCAAAGACCACGACUCCUUGUCCUACACUGCCACCGAGUGCAAGAGCUAAGAGGGAAGCUCGAGCAAAUUAUACUUCUUUCAUAAAGGAAAAAGCGUUGUUCCCCAAGGCUGAAUUAGAUGACAAAGGAAUUUGUGCUGACAUUUUUAUGACGAACACUCUUAGAACUCGCUUCCUUGAAUUACCGCAGACGCGUGCUGGGAAGUAUCUAUCGCAAGCACGGAAUAUGUUCAAAUUGAGAUACGAUUGCAAAUUAGAAGAAAAAGCAGCGCUUUACGCUAGUCAAUGUCCAGAGAGAAGAUCUCGCGCAAGUACCAGGGAAGGAGAUGGAGAGAAUUUCUUGAGAAUCAGAGAUGAUGUCGGCGACUUUGAGAACGCUGUUAACGCUACCGUUAGCGUAUGGUGGAGAGGUGCGAAAAGAUUUGGUGCACUCAAUCCUCCAAUAUUAAUAAAUUCGCAUCAUUUCGGUCCUCGCUUGUUCUCCUUCUCCCAAAUGGCUUGGGCGACGACACGGUAUAUCGGCUGUUCCAUCGUCAAAUGUUCCUCGUCGUAUGUAUCAUUUUGCAGAUACCAACCAAGGUAA